ACAGACACGCCUCCAUACCGCAGACUAGCUCCUGCACAGUUUCCGCUCUCCCGAAAAAAAUCGACGGCAAAAAAGUGUGAAGAUUCUUGAAAAAAGCCAAACAGAAUUGGAGAAUUUGUGUUUAUGAGCUUUUCGGAGAAAUUAACCGGAAGACAGAUUUACAUGGAGAGUACAUGAGGAGAUGAGAGUGGAGGAUGAGUUCGACUUUGUACGGUGUCUCAACUUAACCCUUUACUUACAGUGCCAGUAGUUCGCUUUCUUGACUUUGAAUCCCUCACUUACCAUGGCUCGUGGUUGUGUCUGCUGUGUUAAAUAUAUGUUGUUCCUCUUCAACCUGCUCUUUUGGUUGAGUGGGUGUGGUUUGUUGGGUGUGGGGGUAUGGCUGUCAGUGUCUCAAGGCAGCUUUGCCACCCUCUCGCCCUCGUUCCCCUCGUUUUCUGCUGCCAACCUCAUCAUCACCCUUGGUACCGUCGUCAUGGUUACGGGGUUUCUGGGUUGCCUGGGCGCCAUCAAGGAGAACAAGUGCCUUCUUCUAAGUUUUUUCAUUGUAUUGUUGGUUAUUCUCUUGGCGGAGCUGAUCCUUCUCAUCCUAUUCUUUGUCUACACAGACAAGGUGAGUGAGAACGCCGGGCGUGACCUGAAGGAGGGGCUGGUUCUGUUCAACACUGACAACAAUGCAGGCCUCAAGAACGCUUGGAACACCAUCCAGUCAGAGUGGCGGUGUUGUGGAGUGACGGGGUACAAAGACUGGCACGCCGCCCUGCUGGAGGAGGUGGUGCCAGACAGCUGCUGUCAGGACAUCUUCCAGGACUGUGGUCGCAAUGCCACCAACACAUUCUGGACAAGGGGUUGUUACGAGAAGGUGGAGGAGUGGCUGGAUGAUAACAAACACCUGCUUGGCACUAUAGCUAUGGGUGUCCUGGUGAUACAGCUCUUGGGAAUGGCCUUCUCCAUGACUCUGUACCAGCAGAUUCACAGAGCUGGGAAGAAAUAUGAAGCCUAAAUACACACACACACACUGUGCCACUCAAACCAUUUCUCUUUGUUGUGCAACUCACAGAAAACACUACAUCUGCUGGCACCAAUAUAUGUACAGUAGAUAAGAAACAUAGUCAUGCAUGCCAUAACAUUUAUUUGUUUUAUACACCAUUGUAUAGUUUAAUCCACCAUUUGUCAAAUCCAUGUUUAUGAUCAGCAUUAUUAUCAGAAUCUGUACUUUUGUUAAAGGGAUGAGAUGUAGUCGUUGGUACUGGUUGGACAGAUUCAUUCUUAGUGUGAGAAGGAACACCCAUAUCCCUACCAGAGUAGAAGGAUGAUGACUUGAACAUCAAAUGAAGAGGAACGAGACCUAUGUAGAUACAGUAAUAAUGUACUGAAUGGGUCCAUUUUGUAAACCUGUGUUGUAUACUAAAAAGUGUUCAAUAAAAGCAGAGAUUACUCUGGAGAAUUGUU